CAUUAGUUGUAUGCCUAAUGAAGCAAACAAUGGUGGGAAUGUUGAUGCAUUUUCUUUCACUACUCCUUGGUGUCCUUCCUAUUUUGGUUUUGAUACAAGCUCAGGAUCAAUCAGGAUUCAUAAGCAUAGACUGUGGUCUACCUGAACAUUCGAGCUAUGCUUCGACAAGCACAGGCAUAAAUUACAUUUCAGAUGCUAAAUUCAUAGAUACAGGUGUAACUAAAAUAAUACCACCCCCUCUAGGCAACACUAUUCUACAGCAACUACAAUAUGUGAGAAGUUUUCCUAGUGGAGUGAGAAAUUGUUACAGAAUAAAUGUAACAAAUGGUACUAAGUAUUUAAUCAGAGCUUCUUUUUAUUAUGGAAACUAUGAUAAUCUAAAUGAGCCACCAGAAUUUGAUAUUCAUUUUGGACCUAAUGCGUGGGAUACAGUGAAGUUCAUCAACUUAUCACGCAUCACAUCCAGUGAGAUCAUUUACACUCCAUCACUAGAUUACAUACAACCAUGUCUUGUUAACACAGGCAAAGGAACUCCUUUCAUUUCAGUUAUAGAAUUGAGAACUUUGAACAAUAAAGCUUAUGUCAUAUAUUCCCCUAAAUCAGUACUAUCAGUCCUUUUUCGAUAUGAUAUGGCUUCCAUCACAAAUUUAGAAUACAGAUACAAGGAUGAUGUUUAUGACCGGGUCUGGUUUCCUUUUAAAUGGGAUGCGAUGAAAAAACUAAGCACCGAUGAGGAUGUUUUAAAUUCGGAUAGUUUUGAGCCACCAUCAAUUGUUAUGAGCACUGCCGUUACACCAUUUAAUGCCAGUGCCCCAAUACAAUUGUUUUGGGAUUCAGAUGAUGUAAAUGACCAAUACUACUUCUACAUGUACUUUAAUGAGGUUGAGAAGCUGGCUGAAAAUGAAACUAGAGAAUUCAAUAUCAUGAUGAAUGGAGAACUUAUGUAUGGACCUGAGAUACCUCCAUACCGAUCAGUUGAUCCCAUAAUUAGUACAUCAGCUUUGACUGGAGCCAAAAGGUAUACAUUUUCCCUUGAGAAGACAGAAAAUUCAACCCUUCCACCCAUCCUCAAUGCCAUGGAGUUUUAUAAACUAAUAGACUUCUCACUAUCAGAAACUCAACAGGAUGAUGUUGAUGCUAUCACAAACAUCAAGAAGACUUAUGGGGUGACUAGAAAUUGGGAAGGAGAUCCAUGUGGUCCUGUGAAGUAUAUGUGGGAAGGUCUAAACUGCACUAUGAAUGAUGGCCUUGACCCUCCAAGAAUCACAUCUUUGAAUUUGUCUUCAAGUGGAUUGACAGGGCAGAUAGCAUCUUCUAUAUCAAAGCUCACCAUGUUGCAGUAUUUGGAUUUAUCCAAUAAUAGCUUAAAUGGUUCCUUACCUUAUUUCUUGGUGGAACUAAGGUCACUAAAAGUACUAAAUGUGAGAUAUAACAAUUUUACAGGAUUAAUUCCAAGUGAACUCCUUGAAAGAUCAAAAACAGGUUCUUUGUCACUAAGUGUAGAUGGUGAUAGUAAUAGUGAUAGUGAUAGUAUUCCCCCAACAAAAUCAGGCAAAAACAAGAAUUUGUCUGUACCGCUUACUGCAUCAUUUUCGGCAUUAGGUGUAAUCCUUUUGAUUUUGCUUGGAUUUUGGAUAUUCAGAAGACAUAAAGUUACGUCUUCAAAUUCUAAGAAAGAAGAUUCAAAGAAUUCAAAACAACAAGUAUUCAGCUAUGGAGACAUUAUAAAUAUUACUGAAAACUUCAAAACUAUUAUUGGAGAAGGAGGAUUUGGAAAAGUGUACAUUGGCAUUCUACAAGAUCAAACUCAUGUCGCUGUUAAAAUGCUUUCAAGAUCAUCGAUACAAGGUUAUAAGGAAUUUCAAUCCGAGGCACAACUUCUAACGAUUGUUCAUCAUAAAAAUUUGGUCUCUCUCAUUGGAUAUUGUGAUGAAGGUGAUAUGAAAGCAUUGAUUUAUGAGUACAUGGCCAAUGGAAAUCUACAACACUUGUUAGGGGGAAAUUCAAAUAUCUUAAAAUGGAAUGAUAGACUUAACAUUGCAAUUGAUGCGGCAUACGGAAUUGAUUAUAUGCAUAAUGGAAUUAAACCCCCUAUUGUGCAUAGAGAUUUGAAGCCUUCCAACAUAUUAUUGGAUGAUAAAAUGCAUGCCAAGAUUGCAGAUUUUGGUCUAAGUAGAGUUUUUUUUAAUGACAUUGAUUCACAUAUAUCAACGCGUCCGGCUGGUACAUUUGGUUAUCUUGAUCCUGAAUGUCAGAGAACGGGAAACAUAAGUAAACGAAAUGAUGUGUAUAGCUUUGGGAUAAUUUUAUUUGUGUUGAUUACGGGUCGUCAAGCGAUAGAAAGAGUCGCUGGAAAAAGCAUUCACAUACUUGAAUGGGUUACUCAUAUAAUCGAUAGAGGAGAUAUUAAAAAUAUCGUUGAUCCAAGAUUGGAGGGGAAAUUCAACAUGAAUUCGGCAUGGAAAGUGGUAGAGAUUGCAAUGUCAUGCAUUUUGGAAGCUGCAAAUGAAAGGCCAGACAUAAGCCAAAUAUUGGCAGGGCUAAAUGAAUGUUUAUCUAUGGAAAUGGUUCAAAUAAAUAAAGGAAGAGAAAGAGGUAUAGUUGAAUUUCCUUCUGUAAAUAUGGGACUUCAAUCUUCUCCUUUAGCUAGGUAACCACUCUAUGAUGAUGUGUUUAUUCUAUAUUCAGUGUGAGUUUGGAUUUUCUAGUAUGAUAGUUUUUAUUUUGAAAGUUUGAUAAGAGAGAACAAAGAGGUUGUUUACCAACUACUAUUGUGUGACUGAUGCUUAAUUAAAAGCAAUAUUUUCCUCCUAAUAUAUAAGGAAGAAUAAUGUGUAUGAAACAUAAAUAAAUUGUUAGUUUCUUACAUUUAUUUUACUAAA